AUCUUCCUCUGUGACGUCACAAUGCCCGGCUUAAACCGCGAGUGUUUGUUGUGUAUCUUAUGAUCAGCUGAGCCAGAAGCAAGCCUGUCAGUCGCUGUUGGGGGUGCCGAGUUAGGUCUGAGAUCCUUACGAGGCAUUAGAAUUAUCGGUUAAGCAAGGAAGGGAUAAAGAGAGGACAAGAAACUUAACGCAUCAAUCCAAGCCAUGAAGUUCCAGUACAAGGAAGACCACCCGUUUGAGUACAGGAAAAAAGAAGGGGAGAAAAUCCGAAAGAAAUACCCUGAUCGGGUACCUGUUAUUGUGGAGAAGGCACCCAAGGCCAGAGUGCCUGAUCUGGACAAGAGGAAGUACCUUGUCCCAUCUGAUCUCACAGUUGGUCAGUUCUACUUCUUGAUUCGAAAGCGAAUUCACUUGAGGCCAGAGGAUGCCCUGUUCUUCUUUGUCAACAAUACUAUUCCUCCCACCAGUGCUACUAUGGGUCAGUUGUAUGAGGAUAACCAUGAGGAAGAUUAUUUUCUCUAUGUGGCUUACAGUGAUGAAAGUGUGUAUGGAAAAUGAGCUCAUUACUUGCUGGCCUCACAGAUGUGGUGGACUGAAAGGACUGUUGUGAGAGGAAUUUUGUGUCAGAGAAAAGCAAGAAGUGGAAGAAAGAACUGGACACCAAACCACAUAUUUCAUGCCAUAAUUUCCUGCACCUUUAUUAUUUCUUCUUACAAUUAUUUUAUUUAACCACUGGGGGGAAAGGGAGGCUUUUAAUAGCUAUCUGGUGUUUGGUGUUUUGUAACAGAGAUCCCUAGCCAAGUUCCCUCAGUUUCUAUUUAGCUAACUGGUUCUUCUGCGAAUGCCCAGGAAGGGGAGAGGGCAAAGAUGUGUGUCACAAGUGAUCCUGCUAGGACUGCCAAAGGGAAUUAAUGGCAAGACAACUAUCGCUGACUGGACCACCUCCUGUACCUAACGUUUAACUUACUUAGCUUUAAUGCUCAUAUGCAUGAAAAAGAUAUACAUUCCUGUUUUCUGAAGCCAUUUAUUCUUCUUCUUGCCCUGGCCCCAGUGGCAUGUGUGUUGCACUUUCCCCCCAUUCAUGUGUAGAAUCUUUUAUACUCCACAGUUACAUACUCCACUAGCAAGCUGCCAGUCUGUUGUAAACAGAAUCAUGUGCAUGACACUCAAUAUGAGGAAUUUGUAGAGUAAGUUUAGCCAACUUAGACAAUGACAGCACACCCCCUUUUGCAAAACUCUGAACUGGGCAUCCAUCAUAGUCUCAUCAACAGCACGAGUGUUUUCUGAUGUUACCACUAAAAGCCUGUUCCCUUCCAGAUCACUUCAAACCUGUACUAUGCUUCCCUUCCUUUUGAUUUACUAUCUGUACAGCUUGGAGGUGGAGGUCACCAGGAGCUAAUUUUCACUCACAGCUGAGCCCUAAGCAUACAUCUUACAGUCCUUUGUGAAAAUACAUUAUUCUUCUGGACUCUGUGGUUUCAAAAGGUGAAGAAAUGCAUUAAAUAAAAAUACUAUGUUGGAAUGCCAAA